AUGGUUUGCAAGCUUAACAACAAGAUUCUGACACUAGAAAAGAAGCAGCAGCCGUCAUCAAUUCCCGCCGUCGUUCAGGUAAUGAUGGAAAAGACCGAGCCUCCCUUCACCUUGACGAUCAUGAGCGAGGUGAUGCCACAGAGGUUCCGGAUACCUCCUUUCAUCCAAUACUCUUUGUUUGGUGACCCACACGAACAUGUGGAGGCUUAUCAUUCGUGGAUGCAAAUCCAGACAACAAUGGACGUAAUGAUAUGCAGGGGGUUCUUGAUCACACUCAUAGGAUCCACUCAAAGUUGGUACUGUCAGCUAAAACCCAACUCCAUUGGUUCCUUCACAGAACUUAGCCGAUUAUUCCUUACUCAGUUCAUAAGUGGGAAGAAGAGUCAGAAACCGAAUACUCACUUGUUCACCAUCAAGCAAGAGCCUAAGGAGUCAUUGAAAAAGUACAUCGCUCGCUUCAAUAAGGAAGCAUUACAAGUGGAGGACUACGACGACAAUAUAUCACUCUCUGCCAUGCGUAGUGGUCUGAAAGAGGAAAAGUUCACCUUCUCUAUUGGGAAGAAUCUGCCGAAGACAUUAGCUGAACUCGUCGCCAGAGCUCAGAAGUAUACUAAUGCCGAGGAAUUCUCCAACUCCCGCAAGAAUGUUCAAGUGACAAAGCCAACUGGCAAAGGGAAUAGGCCAAGGAACAAAGAAUCUCAUCCAUCCAGCAAAGGACCAGAUGACCGCGCUCCUCGUAAUCGUCGUCCGAGCAGAAAACCAGAGAGAAAAUUCCAUUCCUACACCUCCCUCAACACAUCUACUGAGCAAAUUCUAUUGGACAUCAGAGGGCACAAACUUCUAAAUUGGCCUGUCUGUAUGAAGGUCGACCCCGAUCAUCAAGACAAGUGA